UCCCACCCCUCUCUAGGUUUAGAGAGUUGAGCGAGCGAGAGUGACCACCAGAGAGGAAGAUUCCAAGAAACGGCCGGAAAAUGGUGAAAUUUCUGAAGCCAAACAAGGCUGUGAUCGUCCUCCAAGGCCGGUAUGCUGGACGCAAGGCGGUGAUCGUCAAGUCCUUCGAUGAAGGCACUCGCGACCGCCCCUAUGGCCACUGCUUGGUUGCAGGGAUAAAGAAGUACCCAAGCAAGGUUAUUAAGAAGGACUCUGCCAAGAAGACUGCCAAGAAGUCCCGUGUAAAGUGCUUUAUCAAGCUCGUCAACUACCAGCACUUGAUGCCGACCCGCUACACCCUCGACGUCGACAUCAAGGACGUGGUCUCUGCCGACGCUUUGCAGAGCAAGGAGAAGAAGGUUGCUGCUGCCAAGGAGACCAAGGCGAGGUUCGAGGAGAGGUUCAAGACUGGCAAGAAUAGGUGGUUCUUUACCAAGCUCAGGUUCUGAGCUUUAUUUUCAGAGUGCUUAGAAAUUUUUUCUGUGGCUUAAAUUUUGUUCCGGAAAAAUGGGUAUUUCAUGAUUGUAAGACUUGUUUAGCAGUCAUUCCUAACUUGGAUCAUGUUGUGUUUUAUGUGCUUGUCUAGAUCUGUUGGAUGAGCUAUUUCUCAGCAUAUACAAUUUAUUACUUUCUUUCUUCUUU